AUGCCGAGGCUGUGGGUUCGAGCAUCACAUGGAGCAGGAUUUAAAGAUGAUCUAGUAAGGUCUCCUCAGUGGCAGCAUCUGGGGAACAAGGAUAAGGAAAAGAUGGGGCUUAUUGUCAGAGAUGUGGGAGAGUUUUGGAUGGAAUUUAAAGACUUCUGCAGAUACUUCACAGACAUGGUGGUAUGCAGAUUGCCAGAAAAUUCUCUUCUCUGGUCCCAGGCUCACUGGAGGGAGGUUCGAUGCAUGGGGGCAUGGACUUACAAACCUGUAAUCCCACACACACGAUCCUGUUCUGAUCAUCUGAACAUUAAGGCCCAGAAGCCCUCCACAGGGCUUCAGUGGUCCAAACAAAUGCCAGCGCAGAGAAGAGAACAAAGUAAGCAACAACUAAGUGAAAGACAAAAGGAGGAACACUUUCAAGAAGAAAAAUGGAAAAAAAUAGAAAAUCAAGAAGUCAAGGCAAGUACGUUAAGGAGGGGACACAGACCCUUAAAAGCUGAGUGUAAGAAAAAAACAGGAGUAGGUGAGGGAAGAUGGGAGAGACAAAUGGACAAAAGAAGUCGAAGUGGAGGGUGUAUCAAUCACAGAGACACGUUUCUACACAACCCCCAGUUUAUGUUUGAAGUUGGUGGAGAUGGGGAUGAGGUGUUAAUUUCUCUGCAGCAGGAGGACAGGAGGAUGAAAAGGAAGGAGGGAAGAGGAGAGAACCUACCAAUCGGCUUUGAGGUUCUUAGGGUGGAGGCAAAUCGUGUGUUGCGGGUACAGUGUUUAUGUGAGCAGGCUGCUAGCUCAGUGUAUAUGGACUCUCGUAGCGUCACACUGCGUGUGUCCCUUGGUCCUGGUCGGUACGUCAUCCUCCCCACCACAUUCCAGCCUGGAGACACUGGACAGUUCCUCUUGCGUUUUUUCUCACACUCACAUGUGUGCCUCAGAGAGUUGAAGGAAGAACUACCUGCUCCUUCAUUGUGGCAGUGUUGUAUUCCAGAACUCAGUGCUGUAACUACAGUCCAUUUGCUUAAGGCAUCUGGCCUCAGCAAACCCAAGCAAACAGCCCCUGAUGUGUAUGCUAUCAUCCGGUGUGAAGAGGACUCUGUCAAGACUCAAAUUUUCACAAAAGAUGGAAGCCCUGAAUUUAACACCAAGGCCAUCUUUUACAGCAGAAAUCCUAAAUCCAAAAUCUUCAUUGAGCUAUGGAGAAAAGGUUUGCUGUGGGACUCCUUCCUGGGUGGAGCACAAUUUCAGACAGGAAGAAAUGAACGAGGACGGAACAGAGUGAUUGAUUUGCAGGGUGGCCAGUCACAAGGCUGUGUUGUUAUAAUAAUUCCUUACAUUUAUAUAGCACUUUUCUCAGUACUCAAAGCGCUUUACAUAUGAAUGGGGGAAUCUCCUCAACCACCACCAAUGUGCAGCAUCCACCUGGAUGAUGCGACGGCAGCCAUAUUGCGCCAGAACGCUCACCACACACCAGCUUAUUAGUGGAGAGGAGACAGAGUGAUAUAGCCAAUUAGUAUGAAGGGAUGAUUAGUAGGCCAAUGGGCAAGUUUGGCCAGGAUGCCGGGGCACACCCCUACUCUUUUUCGAAGGACAUCCUGGGAUUUUUAAUGACCACAGAGAGUCAGGACCUCGGUUUAACGUCUCAUCCGAAGGACAGUAUAGUGUAUAGUGUAAGUAUAGUUGUUGAGACGUCCUCAAGCCAGUGCCUUACUGACCUGUGACUGACAGGUGUGCUUAAGGUAAUGGUAGUAAUUCUGUCUGACUAAAUAAACACUUCAAAAAUGUCUGCCAUUACUGUAUCAUUUACAGGAUUUUUAUAUUACCACACAAUAGUAUUGUCAUUAAACAAACAUUUUGACUUUGAUACUGAUACUGA